AUGGCUCCUCCCCUAGAUCUCUUAGGCCCACCGUGUCUCCGACGCCUUCCUCCACCACCUGCUGCCGGUGGUCUCAAUCAACCACCACCACCGCCACAGCCAAUUGGUCAAUUACAAAACCUCCCUCCCACUUUAUUACCCCCCAAAAACCCUUGCUUAGAUUUAUUUUUCUCAGAUUCACUGCUCCCAAAUCUGAACCACCUCCUCCAAGAGGCUUGGGAUCAUGACCCACCAACCACUCUCAAAAUCAUAUGUAGCCUCCGCCGUGCUCGAGUAGCCGCCUUGGUGCCAAGUAAUCGUUACGUUAUAUAUACUGCAACUAGCCUCACCAUCAUAGCAUUCAUGGCUCCUCCCCUAGAUCUCUUGGGGCCACCGUGUCUCCGACGCCUUCCUCCACCACCUGCUGCCGGUGGUCUCAAUCAACCACCACCACCGCCACCGCCACAGCCAAUUGAUUCACUGCUCCCAAAUCUGAACCACCUCCUCCAAGAGGCUUGGGAUCACGACCCACCAACCACUCUCAAAAUCAUAUGUAGCCUCCGCCGUGCUCGAGUAGCCGGAAAAAGCUCCGCCACCACCGACAAUAAUGACGUUUUCUUUGCAGCAGUGCUUUGGCUUCACCAACACCACCCUCUAACCCUAGCAUGCAAUGUUAGGGUUUUCGCGAGUCAUGGUUGCCUGAAAGACUUGCUUGAGAUUCUCCUCAGAGUACUUGAAAAGUCUAAAGAUCAAAGAACCGAGGAGAAAAGAGAGAAUAGAAAGGAGAGAGAAAGUGCCCUGGAGGUGGACGAGAACGCAAGAGCUUUGAAGAAGAAGAAUGAGAUUGAAAAGGCAAAAAGGGCUGUCAAGAUGUAUGAAACCAACAUUGCUUACAGGUUCUUGCACGAUCAGAUAGCCAAACUCUUUGCUGACCUUCUCAAGUCCGAUCUUCAAUUUCUUGAUUCUGGUGAGACUGAGAAAAUCAGUUUGGCCUCAAAAUGGUGUCCCUCUCUGGACUCAUUUUACGACAAAUCAACCCUGAUAUGCGAAGGCAUUGCGAGGAAGCUCUUUCCUCGCGAGUCAGAAAUGGAAUACAAAGAGAUUGAAGAGGCUCAUUAUGCUUAUAGGGUGCGAGACCGUUUGCAAAAACAAGUUCUUGUUCUUCUCCGCAAGGCCUUGGAGAGCGCGAAACGUGGCUCACCGGACUCUAUGAGAGAAACCCAGAAGAGGUUUGUCAAAAAAAUGCACGAAAAACUGUUCAGAGCUUACCAGAAGAAUUACUUCAAUCUGUUUUCAAAAGAUGAUGACGAAAGGUUUAGGGCUUUCCUAGAAACUGCAGAAGAGUGCAGUGGCAGAAGACUUCGGCUUCUUCCCCACCAAAUUGUAGCUUCUUUGGAUACUGAACUUGCAGAGCGUCAAUGGCAGAGAUUGGUCGAGGACAUGGCAAAGAAGGGGGACUUGAAGAACUGUCUGGCGAUUUGCAAUGUCUCCGAAGCCAUGAGAGGCACUCAGAUGGGCUGCUUUUCCAUUGCAAUGGGGCUUCUGAUUUCAGAACUCAACGAUCAUCCAUGGAAGGGAAAGGUUUUAUCAUUCGACACUGAUCUGAAACUUGUUAAUAUUGAAGGAGACAAUCUUAGAUCCAAGAUCGAAUUCAUGAAACAAAUGCAGUGUGGGUCGAACAUACGCUUUUCGAAGGUGUUUGAGCAAGUCCUGCAAGUUGCUGUUGCAGAAAGGCUAACCUGGGAUAAGAUGGUGAGGAAGAUAUUCGUGUUCACCGAAAUGGGGUUUGAGAAGGCGGCUAAUAAUUUCUGGGGAGUGUGGGCGAGCUUUUCGAUUUAUCAGAGCCGAGGGUACAGGGCAUUACCAGAGAUUGUAUUUUGGAACCUCAGUGACUGUGUUGGUAACCCGGGGAUGAAGCAUAAAGGGGUAACCACUGUGAAUGGAUUUUCAAAGAAUGCAGUGGCUAUGUUUUUGGACAGAGGUGUGAUGCCUACUUUAGAGGAUGUGGCGAGAAAUGUAGCAAAAUCACUUCAAACACCGGAUGAUGUGAUGAAAUCAGCCAUUUCCGGAGAAGAAUUCAGUGACCUAUUCGUACUAGAUUGA